AUGGAAUGGGGAGCCUUCGGCGAUAAUGGCUGUAUAGAUCAUCUCAUCACAGAAUUUGAUAGGGAUGUUGAUCGUGGAUCCAUCAAUCCGGGUAAACAUCUCUUUGAAAAGAUGAUUUCUGGGAUGUACUUGGGGGAGAUUGCGCGAUUUGUUCUUGUGAAACUUGCAAAGGAAAAAAUGCUCUUCGAUGGUGAUUAUGAAGCCAUUUCAAAGCCAAACUGUUUUCCAACCAAAUUUAUCUCUGAUAUUGAGGAGCAAAAAGGUCUUGGAGAUUUACGAAGAACGCUUCAAAUUCUACAACAGAUCGGAAUAAAUAAGAUAAGUGAUAGCGACUGCCUUCAUGUUGCUUACGUUUGCGAAGUAAUCAGCACUCGGGCUGCUUAUCUCACUGCAGCUGGCAUAUCGUGCAUUCUGACUCGUAUGCAAAAGAAGUUUGUAACAGUAGGAGUGGAUGGAUCGGUGUAUCGGUUUCACCCGAAAUUCGACAAAAUUCUCGAUGCGAAAAUCAAUGAUUUGUUGCCAAAAAAUCUUGAUUACCAACUGAUGCUGUCAGAAGAUGGAAGCGGCCGUGGAGCGGCACUCGUUGCUGCUGUUGCCGAUCGGAUUAGAAAAGAACAUGGAUAAACUAUGAAUAAUUGCUGAG